AAACUCCGUACCUUUAAAGCACCGAGCUCGAGAGCAUCAGCUCUCAGCACCGCGAUGUCCGCCCUGUCCCGUCCGUUCUUAGGGGGGCCCGCAUGCUUCUGCCCUGCGAGGCUGCCCUGGGGCAGGGAUGCGGCUACAGGGCAGCCCCCGCUGUGAUGCCGGGGCCGGGAAGGAUGAUCUUGGGUGCUGCGGGGCCGGGUGGGACCUGCCGGCAGAUGUCAGUAUCCCCCUCUCUGUCAGCAACCGUGAGGGUCCUUACCAGCCCCGGAGAUGUUGCAAGGAGCCCCCUGCACUUUUUUUCCAAGCGGAACUGACUUUGGUGGGGGUUCAGUGACAGUUUUGAGGCCUGGGGAGCAGCGGGGUGAUGGGAAGGGGGCUGGCACCCCAAAUCUCCUCCCGGUUCUCUGCGUAGCACCAGCCACCCAUCACCUUAUUUACCUGGUGUCACUAACACUGAGCUACUGCCGUGCAUCACUGCUCUCCUGUGACACUUGUCACCAGUGUGAAGGCAAGGGAGGGAGCGGUUCUCACCUUGCUCUGCCUCCAGCUCCUGCGUGAGGCUGGUACUUGGCUUGGCCUGACAGCCGGGUCCACUGGGGGGAAGGAGUGGGGAGGGGGCUGUGGGAUGCUCUUCCCCAGUUCUCAUGUGCAGGGAUGCUCUUGCCCAGACCCAGAGACAUCUCUGCAAGGGAUGCUUUGGGCUGAGAGCUCAGCACAAGGCGGGGGAAGCCGCUGCGGCGAUCUGAGCUGGGGGGAGUUCUGUUUUGCACAUUGCUCUUCCAAGAGGCUUUCUGCCUGUGGGUGUGGAAGUCUCAGGUGAGCAAAGCCAGAGGGCAGAACACAUGGCACUAGUGCGACAUGGUGCACGCAGCUGCUCUCUCCCCUGAUGGCAGCCCAGGCUUCAUCUCAUUUGAUGUCUCAUGCAAAUCCUUAGCUUCCCUGAGUCCUGGGAUUUUGUGCUAUUUUCCUUUACUCUCAUCUUCAAGUGUCUUGCUCUUAAGGAUGUGAAGAAAAGCUAAUAAAAGGAACCCGAGUCAUCAAGUCUUGCAGAUCAAUGAGGCACCGGCGCUUCCUUGGGAGCGUGUGGAUGUGAGCCCGGCGGCACACCGCACCGUGCUGAGAGCUGCUCAUUGCAAACCACGACAGAGCCGGAGCGGGGAGGGGGGGAAUGACAGAGGAGACAGCGGCACAGACAGGGCUGGGUGCAAGGGAGCUGCGUUCCAUGAAGCCCCAGGUGAGGUUGGUGGUUCCAGAGCAAGGGGCUGAGCAUCCCGCAGGAUUGAGCCCUUUGGGAUUGUCCGUCCUGGGGGAUGCAAGCAGCAGAGCAAGAAGUGCCCUGGGUGCCUGCGUGAAUUCACAUAGGCACUGCUCAGCUGAGUCAAUCCACUUCAGAAGCUAAACUGCACUUAGCCUCUGCCCAGACUCUUUUAAGUGGCCUUAAUUUGAUAAAGCUUUCCCACGUUUAAUGAAAAGGUGACUCAGUCGCUAAGUUUCACGUUCAUUCCCACUAAAAGGCAUCCACGAGGAGCUAGAGAUCUGUCCCCAUUGCUCCCUGCUCCCCCACGGAUGUGCCUUUGCUCCCGCUGUGCCCCAGGGACCAGCCCCCCCACACGCACAUGGCUGGGCACAUCCCACAGCUCUGCCACCAACAGGUAUUGCUCUACCUGGCACAGAUGUCGCGUGCUUCAUCUCUGCAUUUACAGGGGGUAGCGCCAGAGUCUGUCUGGAGUCCCAUGCUUCCUUACAGCACCCAGUGAAUACCACCACAGCCUCUCCUCUCCCCAGUGCACCCUUUGCGGUUUACGUAUCUCUAGAUCCGCUCCUGCAGCAUGAAAAGGCAGAAAUCAAUGUUAAUAUCCCUGACAAUUAGCUAACAUCUCUAAUUAUCAAACUUGGCCUGAUUAGUGGUGGAGCGUGUGGCUCUGGAGAUGCUGUCAGCAUGGAAGCAAGCAGGACCUUGGCAUAACUCCGCAGGAUGUUGCCACGAUUGCCGUCAGCUCCAAGGGCAGUAGAGAAAGGCUUUUGAGCUCAUUCAAGCCGCUCGCUGGGCACUCGCAUCCACGCCCACACCUCGCACCAUCCUGCCUCAGUCUCUCCAGACGCUUUGGAUGAAGACACCCACCACAGAAGCAACCCCAUUGCCAUCUCAAGGCCGGGAGGGUGCCUCCAGAAAUUGCAACAAGCUAUUUUUAAGAUGCAGCUUGUGGCAAGUGACAGUCUGGGCUGCGUGUCGGCUGUCACUGGAGGGACACUGGGGCAUUCUGCUGCAGGCAACGGGGACACAGAGGGCUGCAACGAGAUCAGGAAGACUCGGCCCAGGCCGUGGUCCUGGGAAAGUUUGCCAAGAAUAUUUUGCAUUGGCACACUUCUUCCUUAGCUUUAAGGUUUUUAUAGAAGGGGGAAGGAAAAAAAAAAAUUAACAAGCUGGAAGUUUUCCAGUUUUUGUGAUGCAAAACCCUAAAUCAAACAACAACAACAACAAAAAGUAGUCAGAUAUUUCUCAUCAAAUCUUCAUUCUUUUGGAUCAAGGAAAAGUGAUUAGAAAGUUAUUUCCAGCUCUAGUAGUAAGGUCAAGGGGGUUACUCAUUUCCAAAGAGCUUUGCUCUCCCCAGCAUCCCGGGAGGAUGCAGGUGUGAGCAGGUGGAGGUGCACCCCGAUGAGCAUUGCCCCCAACCCUGCAGAGCAGCAGCCCCUCAGCAAAACCAGAGACAACCCCCACCCCCCGGCUUCCCCAGCUGUGUGCACUAAAGACUCUAUGGAGCUAUAGCAAUUUCUGCACAUACUUAUUUUAUAUAACCCCUGAUCGAUACAAGCAAAUAAAUUAGCCCAGCUAACAAUGGUGCGGGAAAGCUGCUCCUCAGGGAUAAGCUCACUGCGUAAGUCAGCGCAGCCCCCCAUGCAGGCUCUACUGCCCGCAGUGGCUUUGCCCGUUCCUGCCUGACUUGGGGCCUCAAGUUUCUGUUGGCAAGGAUGCUCGCGUGCGUCAGCGCCUGUCCCCAGGCAAGAGCCUGGCUCAGAGGUGCCAGCACUCACAGUGUAAAUAAGAGGCAGGUGUAAAUAAGAGCUCAUUUAGCAAGUCUGGAAAGUUUGUGGCUUUAAGGGACUCUGCACACCAGGAGGGGACCUUUUCUGGAUUUCCACCAGCCAAGCGCAAUUCUAACUAUUUUUAUUGCUCUGUAGUAAAACAGGAGGUGGCCACAAGGAAACGUCUCUCAUUCAGCCAUGAAUCUCGGAAUAAGCUCCCCAGGAAAGGCAACAGAGCAGGCUGAAAUGGUUUCUAGCUGGUCUGGGGUCAGCAGCCCAAGGGAAGAGGUGGCCCAAGGUGACCCCACCCCUAAUAUCCCUCCCCAUGACGGUCACCCAGAAGAGGUUUUGCUGCCUUGAGCUGCAGUGCUGGGAGAGGAGGUGGGAGAAUGGAUUUGGUGGGGAAGGGCAGCACAGGGAGCCCCUCUCAGGGAAGGCAGGUGGGGGUGCCCCCCAUGGUGGUGGUGGUGGCGGCGGCAAGUGGGGUAGCCAGUGCUGGUGGGAAGUUGUUAGCACCCAGGAUGGUUUGCUGAAAGAAACAGUGCCCUGCCUGGUCUUCCGCCGCACCCCCCCCUCCAAAAAUUCCUUCUGUGCUUUGAAUCAGAGGAAGGAUGCUCCAAAUCCUCCUGAUUUACGCCAGGGAAGCCUAAGGGAGGGCAGCAAGGUGACUGGUGUGAGAGCAUCCAUACCGGCCUGCGGUGGUGUGAAGUGGUGAUGGACGAGGCCGGUCUCCCAUGGCGCUUGUGGAAAAGCAUCCAUGGCUUUGGCUGUACAGCUCCCAGUGGAGGGAGAGGGGACCAGCUAGGGAGCAGCCCCUGCCCGCAGCCCAGCUCCACCUCAGCUGGGGUGGUCAGGAGCCACCGAAAAGCCACAGACAAUGACAGAGGCCAAGGAGACUGGCAGUGCCGAGCCCGUCUGUGGUGCAACAGGCAGGCUCCCUAGCACACCGGCUAUUUUAGCAAGGUGUUUUGCCGGCACAGCCGUAUUUAAUGCUACAAGCAGAGCGUUUCCACGAGGAGCAUUUAGAAAGAUGCUGCUCAAAGGAGUGCUCUUGUCUCAGAGGCUUUGCUUUCCUCCCUGUCAGGGAGGGCUUAGCCUGUGGUCAGCAUCUAAAACAGCUGUAGGAUUUGCUGCCAGGCCCUGGCUUCCACCGUGCCCUCCCCAGGCAUGGCAGCUUGUCCCUGUCCCCCAGUUCACCCUGCGCAGCGCAGCAGCAGGACCCGCAGCUGCAGGGUUUAAUCCCGAGCCCCACGUGCUCCUUCGGUUCCCAGGCCACCUCAAUUUUAACUGCAUCUGCAGAUACUUCCCAGGAGGAGUGAGGAGUGCUUGCCUGCUCCAGAUAGCUGUGGCAUCCUGGCUGCCUGCUUCCCCCUGGUCCAGCUUUGAUGCAGGCAGGGAAGAUUUCAGAGCUGCUGAAGUGCCUUGGCUGCUCAGCUAUCACCCACACGUGGCAGCACACGAGCAGCCAGCGUUGUGUCCUGCCACGCUUCAGGGGAGGAUGCCCCCUCCAACCCUCCAGGCAGCAUGGACCGAGGAAACCAGCCUGAUGUUGCUGGUCCCAAACCCCCUGCCCUCCCCGGCAGGACCCUGGGGGCCCAUUUGUUUGGGCCAGGGUUUGUGUCCAUGGGGGACUCCAUGUGUCAGGAGCAGGCUGCCUGCAAAGCUGGGAGAAACCAGGAUGACAUGUGGAAAAACAGUGCAGAGGGGACAGAAAAAACCCUGCCCACCCCACUGCCCUGGCACCCCCAAUCUGGUGAUGCGAAAAUCUCAGCUUUUGUUUAAAAUUAACAGGGCCCCGGCCUUGAGGGCUGAGCGAGAAGCUGAGAAAGCAUAAUCAAAAUGCACCCUUAAGGGUUUAAAAAUAGAAGAGAGGGAGAAAAAAAAUUUUUUUUUCAAAAUACUAAUACAUGUUAAAGCACGAUGAUUCAUCUGGCAAAGCCCUAUUUGGGAGAGCUUGGGGCUGGCGUGCGCUUGGCAGGCAUGAGCGUUUGGGCUUCUGACCCCCACCAGCCACCUCCCUCACAGCCUGGGGGAAUAAAAUCACCUCCCGUGGAAGCACUGCGGUGCUGGGGUCCCUAAUUUUAGGCAAACAACUCCUGCUGCCUGGGAGGACACCUCACCUCACCCCAGCUCUGCUGUACCUUGCAGCUCCCUAUCUUCCACUUGCAAAUUCAGGCUCUGUCUCCGGGGCUGCUGCUCCCAGCAAAGCUCCCUGCGUGCUCCCACAAACAGCGCCACGCUGAGCCAAGACCAGAAAGGUCUUGUCUUGACAUAAAUACUAACUGAAUUCAAAACACCACUGUGAUCAGCCCAGCCAGCCUUGGGGUGGACCUCCAUCCAUCAAUCAUCUCAGCCACUGGCAGGAUGCACAGAAAAGUCUAAUGGCAACCACAAACAGCUCAAACAAUACCUAGAAGAGCUCAUUUUUUCCCCGUUCCCUAUGCUUGUUGGUUUUUAGCCCUCCUAAAACAAGCUGCACAUGCUCAUGACGGGCAUCCCCAAAGCGCAGGGUGCAGAGGCAGCUCACCAUCCCCACCGCAUGGGCACUCCACAGGAGAAAGCUUGAUUUGCCAGGCUGAUGCACAGCAGAGGAAAAAAAAAAAAAAACAUGAAAAA